CUCACCAGGUCACCGCCAUCUCCUCUUAGUCUCUUUUCAUAGUUCAUAUAUAUAUAUAUAGCAACAACUACACUUCUUCCAUUGCCUUGAAGAAGAGAGAGGCAAUCGAAAUGGCCAACGUGGCUAUCUCCAAACCAUCCAAAAGGUUCUCUCGCAAGAGCUUCAAGCUCAACCUCCCCUUCCUCUGCCACCAAGUCGAUGUCUCGGCGCCCCCCGCCACCGUCUCAUCGCCUCCCUCCUCCAGAACUAAGGAUCGGAUCGACGAGCUUCGCGACGUCUUUCGACACUUCGAUCAAGACCGGGACGGGAAGAUAUCAGGGAGAGAAUUGAGGGCCUUCUUCGUGUCGAUAGGGGAGGAGAUUCCGGUCGAGGAGUCGGAGGCGGUGAUCGCGGAACUUGACUCGGAUGGUGACCAACUUUUGGACUUCGGAGACUUUGUGGGGUUGAUGGAGAGGGAGGGGGGAGGGGAAGAGGAUGAGGACUUGAGGAAGGCGUUUGAAAUGUUUGAGGUAGUGAAAGGGUCGGGGAGGAUAACGCCGAGGGGAGUGCAGAGAAUGCUGCGCCUGCUCGGCGACGAGCGGUCGUUCGAGGAGUGCAAAGCCAUGAUAAGGGCUUAUGACCUCGACGGCGAUGGUGAGCUCGACUUCCACGAGUUCCACCGGAUGAUGAGCUAGGUUUUUGUGCAUAAAGAAGCGUUCUCUCUUUUCUUUUUUUGUCUCCCAACAAAAGGUUUGCUCAUGGCAUCAGAUUGGAUACCAUCUGGUUUUGUGUUGUGAAUCUUGUGAUCUGUGAGUAUUGGAUGCUUAUGUUUUGGGUGUAAAUGGGCCGCAUCUGUAAACGCGAACCCAAUCUAAAAGUUAGAGGAUUGUAAGUGGUUUAGGUGCAAUAAAGGUUGCUACCAUGUGAAUUGCUCUCAACUGUUCCUGUAUUGGCUACAGCAAUUAAUACAUGCCUUCUAAAAUUCAUUCU